UGUAGUAAUCAUGAAUAUGAUUAGCUCUUACUUUUAAAUCUAACAAAUCAACGUCGAGUAUUGACAAGACAUCAACUAAGCAAUUGUUUUUUUGAAUACGGCCAAUGAACUGUCAAUGAUCGGUCGAUUAUAAGUGCCCGCGUUAUGUACAACUGUAUUUUUAUAUAGCCGGCACUUGUUGACGACUGCCAAGAAUUGGAGGAGGUACGGCGUACACGUACGGCGUGUCUGUGACACGCAAACAUUCGAUCGCUGUUCGAGAGGUCAUCGGGACACUUGGGAGAGUAUAACGAAAGUCGUGAUAAUGUACACAAAUCUGUGAUGUGGUUGGCUAAAAACGCUCUUCAACAAAAUGCGGUGGCCGUCUUUCAAUAGUCUUGUUUCGUUUUUUUCUUAUGUAUUUUUGAUCAAUGUCGUGUACUCGAUAUACAUAUUGUCUCAGCUGUUUGUUACGCCGGCCUGCGAACAGGGCAAGCCGUGCCUCAAGUCUUAUCUGACCGAGAGGCCUGAGUUGAAUCUUUAUAUGUUUAUCUCUGUGAAAGAAAAACCCGUCAACAGAGCCAAACUCAUAUACUUGGAACAGAAUUUUAAUUAUAGCGAAGAACGAACUAUUCAUACCACUUUGAGUAUUCCGCACGAGACACGGCAGAACGGAACGCUAUUUCUGCAUGUAUUUGUAACUCCCACUUCUGUAAAGCACGAUGGUUCAUUUCGUGCUUUGCGAACAAAUAUAUUUACUACUUUUACUACUAUUAAAAUGACACAGUAUACAGUACCAGAAGCAGAAGCAUUUAAAUUGUUAGAAGAGAAAGAUUUGAGUGAGAAAAAAACAAAGGAGAUUAUGUUGCAUCCGGUUGUGCACAUUAAGAGUCAUGUGACGUUUACAAUAAUGACUGAUGAUAUUAUGCUUCCUCUGUUUAACAUUCCUGCCGAACUUGUGCAAUAUAUAAAACUACUUGGUACAAAUACAUAUUUGCCAAUAGUCAAUUAUGAUUCUUUACGAACUCGGCGUCGGAAUCUGCAGCGACUCGUUCCUCAGAAUAGUACGAUGAACGUCACGGUGGAAUACUCACCUAUUUCUCUGGGAAAACUAAGAAUGUUGCUGCAAGUACAGGCAAGCAUAGAGAAUGUAAAAGUUCUCGGGUUUUCCGACAAGGACGUUGAUGAUGUAAAAGGCAUUUUUACAGAAACCAACAUCUACUUACUGAGUGGUACACUAUUUAUCGCAUCUGUACACUUGUUGUUCGAUUUUCUUGCCAUAAAAAACGAUGUGAGUUUUUGGUGGAAGAAGAACAAUCUUGUGGGCCUCAGUGUAUGGACCAUAAUAUGGCGUGCAUUUAGCCAAAUCGUGAUUUUCCUUUAUCUUUGCGAAGAAGGUGCUUCCUUGCUCAUUCUUAUUCCAGCUGGCAUUAGUACUGUUAUUGACUUGUGGAAGUUAAAAAAAGUAUCGAGAGUAGAGCUGAUUAGGAGCGGUGGCAUUUUGCCGAAAAUACAGUUUAAGAGCGAUUGUGUUAACGCAGCAGAAGAAAAAACUAGAAAAUUUGAUGCUCAGAGCAUGCGCUAUCUAAGUUAUCUGUUAUACCCGCUAGUCAUUGUUGGUGCAAUUUAUUCUCUCUUUUAUCAGCCGCAUAAAAGUUGGUACUCGUGGAGUAUAAACUCUUUAGUGAAUGGAGUUUAUUCGUUCGGAUUUCUCUUCAUGUUACCGCAAUUGUUCAUCAAUUAUAAAUUGAAAUCUGUGGCGCACGUGCCUUGNAAAACGAUCAUGUAUAAAGCGUUCAAUACGUUUAUCGAUGACGUAUUCGCUUUUAUUAUAACAACACCGACGUCUCACAGAAUAGCAUGUUUCAGAAACGAUAUUGUCUUUGUCGUUUUUCUUUAUCAGAGAUGGUUAUACCCAGUGGAUAAAUCGCGCACAGACACUGAUACAAUUGAAGAAACUGUUGAUCUUGGCAGUGCAAGCAAAAAAACAAAUUAACAAUUGUUUAAAAUAAUUUAAUUAAUUUAUUGUCAUCGUUUUCUUGAGUCAUUGGCUUCUAAGACAUAAUAUCACAUCAUAUUGUGCGACAUGCGUCUAAGCAAUAUAAUUACCUAUAUCAUCAAUAUAAAGAAUUUCAAUUAAUGUAUCAUAGACUUAUUAAAACAAAAAACGUUUUAGAAAAAUUCUCUUUCAUCCAUUUCCUAGAAGUGUUAGCCGUCAGGUUGUCUUACAAUUGACCCGAUAACGAAUCUUACAAAUCAACUCUUAAUCGGUCAUAUUGUAAUCAGUGUAUUAUCUAUAGUGCGCACUUGAUGUUUGUGAUGACAAAUUUUACAACAAAGGAUCUAGAAGGAAAUUAUAUAAUCGGUAAUAUCCAACGCGUAUAGUAGAAAAAAAUCGUGUCAGAUAACGGUAUGUUUAUCGUACAAACAAACAAUUAUUUCGACUGUGAUUAUACGUAAUCGCAGUCUUUAAGUAAAUGAGAUUGCAUUUCUUACACGCACAAAAUGAACAUUCUUUGUCUCACACCUGCGUAUCAUUUUAUUUCGCGAUAGAGAGUUUGUAAUCUACAAAAAUAUUUGUAUAUCGUGUUCGAUGACCGAUAACAGAGUCCUUGAAUCUUUUUUUUUUUUUAAAUUGAACG